AAAUCGAAGUCGGGGUUCGGGUUCCAUGGCAGUCGGUUGAAAUACCAAAUGUAAGGCUGGUCCGUGAAAACAGCAGAACGCACUACCCAGGACACCCCAAGCAGUGCUAUCGAAGCUAUAUAACCCCAACUGAUCCCCAUAGCUGAUAGCCAUCUUGGAACGCCGGAAAUUAUCCAACGAAAUGGCUUUCAAAGGACCUCUUCAACCUCAACCAUUCACGAUCGAAACGCCUGAGCAAGUGUUGGAUGACAUGAAGACGCUCAUUAGACUUGGACGUCUGGCUCCAAUCACGUACGAGGGCACGUAUCCAGAGGCUGGACUUGGUAUAUCCGAUGAGUGGACAAAGAACGCGAGGGAAACUUGGCUGUCUAACUUUGAUUGGAGGGCUCACGAGAAGCGCAUAAAUGCUUCUCCUAACUGGAAGGUCGACGUUACGGACGAUGAUGGAACUAUUUAUCACGUCCAUUUCAUUGGUGUCUUCUCCCACGAGGCAAAUGCUGUUCCCCUGGUUUUGUUGCACGGAUGGCCAGGAUCGAUCAUGGAAUUCCUUGACAUCAUUCCUAUCCUUCAGCAAUCGAAAUACCCGUCAUUCCAUAUCAUUGCGCCUUCUCUACCCGGUUAUGGCUGGACGUCUGGCCCACCCCCGCACGUCAACCUCACCGUUUCAGGAAUGGCGAGAAUUGUAGACAAAUUGGUGACUGGACUAGGCUUCCGGGACUACGUUGUUCAAGGUGGAGAUAUCGGCUCUCAUGUUGCGCGCAUCAUUGGAUCGAGAGCUCAGAAUUGUAGAGCUGUUCACAUCAACAUGUUCGUCACUAGGGGAGAACCCCCAACGAAACCACCUCUUUCACCUGCAGAUCAAGAGAGAGUUAGAAAGACCCAGGAAUUCAUGAAGACAGGCUACGGGUAUGGAAUCCAGCAAGGUACUCGGCCCAGUACCGUUGGUCAAGUAUUGAGCAGCAAUCCUAUCGCUUUGUUGGCUUGGAUUGGCGAAAAAGUCUUAGCAUGGACCGAUUCAACUCCGACGUUGGAUACCAUUCUUGCGAUGGUGACGCUGUACUGGGUAACCAGUAGCGCCUCGACUAGUCUCUACCCAUACAGGGCUUUGGCAGCCGAUGACCCCCCACCCUAUAUCCCCAUCAAUAAGCCCCUCGGAUACUCCAUCUUCCCUAAGGAGAUUCUAUCCUUCCCUGCAGGUUGGCUAGCUUACAAUACAAAGCUUGUGUUUGUGCGGGAACAUCAAAAGGGAGGACACUUUGCGGCCCUUGAGUGCCCUAACGAGCUUGCACAAGAUAUCAUUACAUUCGUGUCCACCCUACCCAAGUUUGAAAAGUCCGCAUACGCGGCUUUAUGAAGGACCCCCAGUGACGGCGUCUCGAAUACCUUGGGGGG